AUGGGGCUCAUUCCUUUGCCGCUGUUAAGGAAAGAACCGUCUGGUAAGAAGUAUGCAAAUGAUGAUGAUGAUGAUGAUGAUGAUGUCAUUUCUGCUGUGGAGGACUUUGACACCAGCAGGAGGAAGUCUUCUACCCCAGCAGGAGGAAAGUCUUCUACCCCAGCAGGAGGAAGUCUUCUACCCCAGCAGGAGGAAGUCUUCUACCCCAGCAGGAGGAAGUCUUCUACCCCAGCAGGAGGAAAGUCUUCUUCCCCAGCAGGAGGAAAGUCUUCUACCCCAGCAGGAGGAAGUCUUCUACCCCAGCAGGAAGAAGUCUUCUACCCCAGCAGGAGGAAAGUCUUCUACCCCAGCAGGAGGAAGUCUUCUACCCCAGCAGGAAGAAGUCUUCUACCCCAGCAGGAGGAAAGUCUUCUACCCCAGCAGGAAGAAGUCUUCUACCCCAGCAGGAAGAAGUCUUCUACCCCAGCAGGAGGAAAGUCUUCUACCCCAGCAGGAAGAAGUCUUCUACCUCAGCAGGAGGAAAGUCUUCUACCCCAGCAGGAGGAAAGUCUUCUACCCCAGCAGGAGGAAAGUCUUCUACCCCAGCAGGAGGAAGUCUUCUACCCCAGCAGGAGGAAAGUCUUCUACCCCAGCAGGAAGAAGUCUUCUACCCCAGCAGGAGGAAAGUCUUCUACCCCAGCAGGAGGAAGUCUUCUACCCCAGCAGGAAGAAGUCUUCUACCCCAGCAGGAGGAAAGUCUUCUACCCCAGCAGGAGGAAAGUCUUCUACCCCAGCAGGAGGAAGUCUUCUACCAGAGCAGGUUCCAGGCUCUCCAGCGGCUGGCACAAGGGUGUGGACCUCGGGGAGUAUUUCGUGGAAAUAUAA